AUCCCCGCCUGGGAAGCAUUGUGGGUAAGAGGAGGAACUAGUCUCCCCACGUGUCUGCUGCCGGAGUUACAUCAACAUGGCUGCUGCAUGAGAGCCCCUGGGACCUGCACACACAUUGCAACACGCCGAAGGGGGGAUCGGUGGCCUCCGCUGCCCCUGGAGUCUGCGCCACGAGAUUGUGCAAAGGAAGGACCUGAAACAUUGCUUUUCCCAUUUUAGCAUGGCAAAUGAAGAAGAUGACCCAAUUAUACAAGAGAUUGAUGUGUACCUGGCCAAAAGCCUGUCGGAGAAGCUGUAUAUGUUCCAGUAUCCUAUUCGUCCAGCUUCCAUGACGUAUGAUGAUGUGACGCAUCUGUCGGCAAAGAUAAAACCAAAGCAGCAAAAGGUUGAACUUGACAUGGCCAUUGAUACUUUGAAUCCCAACUACUGUCGCAGCAAAGGAGAACAGAUCGCUCUCAAUGUGGAUGGCACCUGCACAGAUGAAACUAGUACCUAUUCCUCGAAGCUGAUGGACAGACAAACUUUCUGCUCUUCACAGGCUGCGAGUAACGUUUCCCGUUAUGCUGCUGCUAUCUAUAGAAAAGGUGAACUUCACCUAACUCCACUACAUGGCAUUCUACAACUGAGGCCAAGUUUCUCCUACUUGGACAAAGCUGAUGCCAAACACCGCGAAAGAGAAGCUGCCAAUGAAGCCGGUGAUUCGUCCCAGGAUGAAGCCGAAGACGACAUCAAACAAAUUACUGUAAGAUUCUCCCGACCAGAGACCGAACAAGCCCGUCAGCGACGUGUUCAGUCCUAUGAAUUCCUGCAGAAGAGACAAGCUGAAGAGCAUUGGGUCCAUCUGCAUUAUUAUGGUUUAAGGGACAGCCGUUCCGAACAUGAGCGCCAGUAUUUACUCAGUCAGGGACAUGGCAUGGCAGAGAAUACCGAAUUAAUUAAAUCUCCCAGUGAAUACUUAAUGAUGCUGAUGCCUCCGAAUGUAGAAGAAGAGAAAGACAAACCUGUGGCUCCAAGCAAUGUGCUGUCUAUGGCACAGCUGAGAACUUUACCCCUUGCUGAUCAGAUUAAGAUCCUGAUGAAGAAUGUGAAGGUCAUGCCUUUUGCAAACCUCAUGAGUUUGUUGGGUUCUGGGACCGAUUCUACUGCAGUUUUACGCUGUAUACAGCAGGUGGCGAUGCUGGUCCAGGGAAACUGGGUGGUAAAAAGUGAUGUCCUCUAUCCAAAAGAUACCUCUAGCCCCCACAGUGGAGUUCCUGCAGAAGUGCUUUGCAGGGGGAGAGAUUUUGUUAUGUGGAAGUUUACGCGGGAUCGCUGGGUUGUGCGAAAGGAAGUGGCCACAGUCACAAAACUUUGCCCAGAAGAUGUGAAGGACUUCUUAGAGCACAUGUCUGUUGCGAGAAUAAACAAAGGCUGGGAAUUCCUGCUCCCUUAUGAUGAAGACUUUGUUAAAAAGCAUCCAGAUGUGGUUCAGAGGCAGAAUAUGCUGUGGAUGGGCAUUCAGGCCAAAUUAGAAAAGGUCUAUAAUCUAUUAAAGGAACAUUUGACACCAAAGAAACAAGAUGGACAAUCAGCUCACCCACUUCUGGUUUCUGGGGAACAAAGGGUCAACAUGGCUAAAGCAAAAGUCAAACAGAACUACGGGCUGCUGGAGAAAGAGUUGCAAAAGCAAAAGGCAGAGAGCAAAGCAAAUGACUCUCCAUCCAAGAUGGAUAUUUCCAACGUCCGCAUUAAAGAGGAGCCUGUGAGCGAUGAGGAGCCUAUGGACGCGUCCGCCUAUGAGAGUAUGAACAAUGGCAUGGUCAAUGGCAUCCAUUCAGAGGAGAACUCCACGGACUCAUUAAACGGCCACUUGCCAGGCGGAUGCACGGAUCGAGUUGCCCAGGAACUGAAAGCGUUUGUGAUGACGACGUUUAAGAAACAGUUUGUUCUCACUCUGAGUGAGCUGAAACGGUUAUUUAAUCUUCACUUAGCCAGUCUGCCCCCAGGACACACGUUGUUUAGUGGCAUUUCAGACAAAAUGUUACAAGACAUGGUAUUGGACACUGGCUGCAAACAGAUUUUGGUGCCUUUUCCCCCACAGAUUCAUGCUGUUUCACCGGAUGAACUAAAGGUUUAUGCACUUUGGGAAGCUGGUGACAUUUACGACCAGCAUCGGCAGGUUUUGCUUAAAAUCUUUACCAAAAAUUAUCGAGUGCGCAGGAAUGUCAUCCAGCAUCAGUUGAGCCAAGAAUGUGGAGAGGAUCUAAAUAAACAGGAUGUGGAUAGAGUGAUAAAGGACUGCUGUGUAAGCCAUGCUGGAAUGUGGUACCUUAAAGGGACAGUGCAGUCUUGACAACAGUGGUGUGCUUUUCAUUCCAUUAUCUCCAGGACAGAGGAGGAAUACUGCAGUGCGCAUAGACAGAAUAAUGCCUUUGCUUCAGGGAGCAAGGGGCAGAAUCUGACCUAUUUGUGGCCACAUGGGCACUGCAGAAAGACGGUUAGUGAUGUCAACAUUCACGCACUUGUUUGCAUGGCCGCCUAAACACAAAGAGCAUCGAGGAAGAAAAUGUGGGACCCUAUCUGCAAUUUGAUGAAUUUGGGAUUCCUAAUGUAUUUUGCUUCUCAUUAUUUCAUUCUAAUAAAAUAAAAACACAUACUGACACAGACAUGAUGGAAAAUCAUGGUCUAAUAUUUUAUUUUGUAAUUAAUGCCAAUAAAUGGUAAGUCUUUUGUUUACAAACAUCCAACUUUUAUUAUAUGCCUAGAAGGUCAUGCUGUAGUCUGCGUGUUAAAGCACUCCCUCUUCCCACUUAAACAAACAAACAGACCUAUUAAUGCUCAUGAAAGUUUUAUGUGCACCUGGGUUUGUGGGGAAAAAUCCCCAUGUCUUAAAUGUACUAAUUAUACAUAGCAAAAACAGUCUCAUCAAUUGUUUACAUGACACAAGUUGUUUUCAAAAGUAAUUACAUAUAAAGCAGAUGUAGUGUAUUCUACUUAUUUUUUUUUGCAUAACUAGAUGCAGGUAGAGCAAGGUAAGUAACCUUAUGCACCAUCUGAAAGGUGUCCAACUGUAGUCAUCACACUUGGUGAUGUAAAACCUAUAUUUUAUGUAACUUUUUCAAAUAAAAUUUUAUCUUGAAGAUCGACUAUGGCAUCAG